UCUGUCAGAAAAAGGCUAACGCGACGAUUUUGGUAAAAAUAAUUAUCGUUAGCACGGACGACGGUUUCUAAAUAAGCUAAACUAGCAUGCAGCAUUAUUAUAUUAUAAAUUGACACGUUUUUAUUUGCGGUUUGAUAAUUAAUAAACAUCAACGGUUUUAUGAAUGUGUCGUCCAGGAACCAUAAUCUACGAAUUUCGGGAUGGAGUCAAAUGCGGCGACUUGUUGUCAUUAUAGAAAAAAAUACAUUUUAAUAUAAUAUUGGGUUUCUAGCCCCACCUUUAAAGUCUGAUAGCAAAAGUAAAACGACACGCGCUAUGUCAAACCGGUCUACCCGUUAACGUUAGUCUACUUUGAACCGUUUUUAACGGUGACAGCUAAGGUUGCUAACUGGCUAGCCGUCUUGUUUAUCAUCAUGGACAGGGAGGCGUACCGUAACUGCUGCAGUCUGGUCAAAAUACCGAGACAGUCGUACGAACAGUUUUGGUCUUCACAUUUUGUAGAUUACAUCGACAAGGAGUUGAGCUAUUCCAAGUUUUUCAAGAAAUAUUUGCUUCCCAAUCACCCGUGUAUGUUUUCAAGAAGGUUCACAGAGGACUGGAAGUGUAGGAAACAGUGGGUGUCAGAGGAGGGGAAGCCGAAUUUCCAGAAACUUCUGCAAGAUUUUGAUGAGACUCCUGUUCCUGUUGCAAACUGCAAUGCAAAGGAGUACAAUGCAAACCCUAAGCAAGUUAUGCCUUUUAAAGAAUUUAUACACUACUGGAAAGAAUACAUCCAGAAUGGCCACUCAUCACCUAAAGGAUGCCUCUACCUUAAAGACUGGCACAUGUCAAGGGACUUUCCAGAGCAUAAUGUUUACACCACACCAGUCUUCUUUUCGUCUGACUGGCUCAAUGAGUACUGGGAUACACUUGAAGUGGAUGACUACCGGUUUGUCUACAUGGGACCCAAAGGCUCAUGGACCCCGUUCCACGCUGACGUGUUCCGCUCCUACAGUUGGUCUGCAAACAUCUGUGGCAGGAAGAAAUGGCUCCUGUAUCCCCCAGGUCAGGAGGAGUUUUUACGAGACACUCAUGGCAACCUCCCUUACGAUGUAACAUCUGCUGAGCUUCGAGACAGAGGCCUUUUUCCACACUCCGAAGAAGCCUGCCAACCGCUUGAAAUUAUUCAAGAGGCAGGUGAAAUCAUUUUCGUGCCCAGUGGUUGGCACCAUCAAGUUUAUAAUUUGGAAGACACCAUCUCUAUUAAUCAUAACUGGCUGAAUGGCUGUAACGUUGACAUCAUGUGGCAGUUCCUUCAGAGUGAACUAUCGUCUGUUCAGAAGGAGAUAGAUGAGUGGAGAAACACGAUGGACUCUUGGCAUCAGCACUGCCAGGUUAUUAUGAAGGCCUGCUCUGGUAUAAACUAUGCAGAAUUUGCUUCGUUCCUGAAAAUAAUUGCUGACAACCGAAUGGCUUUCCUGAAUGCCUGCUCCUCUGGGGAUUCCUCCGAUUACCCACGGCAUCUCUCAGAGAUCCUCACCACACUUGGACCUUACCACGCUGCCUUUGACCUACAAAGAGUGGCCCACAUAAUUGAAUGCCUUCUCUGCAACGAAGACUUUAAGCGGCUCGAUCAUUCAGCUUUGACUUUGCAGCCAGAAACCAUGUUACAGCAAAUUCGGGACACCAUACAGUCCACAAGAGGGCAGCACCUCCUUUAUCAGGAGUAAAAUGUUCAGUAGUGUCUCUACAAUGUUACUAUUAUCUGGAAAAGGCUUGAAUGAGAAGUGCCAAUUUGUAUAAGUGCAAAAAGGUGAUAACGGUGUUACUGCACCUUCAGUUUGAGAUGAAUGUCUGGAAUUAGCUUUUGCACUGAAAGAUAAAAAGAAUGAAUAAACUA